AUGCAACCCACAGCCCCCGUGAGGGACCCAGUUGCACACGAAAAAUCCCACGAACGCGUGAGGCAGGGGGAGCAGGGCGAUCAUCAUGAAGCCCACUCUCUGAGUUCCGAACGCUUCAGUGUUAGUGAGCGUGCUGCCUAUAUACCCAAUUCCAUCUGCAAGCGCAAUAUACUGGCACGAUAUCAGGUUUUCAGCGCAGAUAGUAACGUCUUGUUUUACAGUUCGUUUCUAAAGAAGGUGACGCUUUCCAUGUCAAAUGCAGGCGCACCUCCUGGGGUAAACGCAGAACGUUUGAAUGAAAAUGACUUCCCUGCCGAGUACACACAAAAGCAGACUUCAGCAGGACGAAGGCUGUAA